AUGGGGCAUGCUGUACACCAGUUCAAGGCUCUAUUUUGGAAGAAUUGGCUCUGCCGUGUGAGGCAACCGGUCUUGUCUCUCACUGAAAUACUCUGGCCAUGUGUGCUUUUCUUGAUUCUGGCUGCAAUCCGCUUCCAGGAGCCCCCAAAAUACAAGGAAAACUGUUACUUAGAAGCUCGGGAUUUACCAAGUCGGGGCCUUUAUCCUUUCAUGCGGACACUUUUCUGUAAUGUUGGUUCAAGAUGCAAGAAUACUAGUUACACAACACAGAAAAACAACUGCUUACGUACUUCAGGCAUCCAAAGUGGUCCAGAGAGAUUCACAGGACCUGAUCUAGACUUCAUGAAGGAGAUAGAAGAACUUGCAAAGGGAUUUAUUGAGACCACAGAGAAAACCAUGGCUUUAGAAAAGCUAUGGGAGGAAAACUCAAAGUUCUCAGGUUUUUCUGUUGUACUAGAGAGUAUAGGGAUGGAAAACCUCAGCAGCUCACACCUGGCGACCUGUAGGCAAACAAGUCAGUCUUGCACUGAAAGAACGGAUUUGAAUGAAGCGGAGGAAAUGAUUUCUAGAGCAGAAAACCUGUACAAGCAACCAUAUUUCUGGAACCUUCUGCAUUCACUCCCUCGCCUUGAAUCGAACAGCUUUUAUACAGAAGAUGGGUUAGCUGCCAUAGCACAGUUUCUAAAAGUUAUUCAAAAUACCUUAGCAUCAUUGAAGGAUUUAGCUAUGAUGCCACUGGGCAAAAGUUUCUAUGAAGUGGUGAAAACAGCACUGAAUUUAACUGCUACAUCAGUACAGGAUAGGAGCUUAGAAGGUUUUCAGUAUAAUCUUUCCCUUGGGGAUGUUUUGUGGAAUCCACAUGCUGUGAGAGCAGAACUUGAAUCCAGGUUUGGUUUUGAUGAUCUUCAUGUUGAGAAGCUGCUAAGUUACACAGCACAAUUAACAAAGAUUCCCACAGGAGAAACACUGGAGCAGUUUGUGUGUUCUGCUCUGUCCAGUGUGGCAGAAGAUGAAGCAAACAAAGAGAAUAAUGAAGAGGGCUGUAUUUCUGCAUGGCAUGAGGCCAAACUGUAUCUUGUUCAUGCUGUCAGCAAGCUCAGACUCUAUGCACAGGUAUUUGAGCAAUGGCUCAGCAGAAGCCCCGCUCAGAAACUCCUUUUGGAACUUGAAAGAAUCAUAGCUGAUUUAAUGUCUCAGUUUCUAGAUGACAGGGAAGCCAGGAAACUUUUCUCAGAGAUAAAUACCCUGAUCCAGCAAUGGAAUGAGAAAUCAGAUGCCUACUUUUCAGAAGGAUAUACUGCAUCUCAUAAUCUAAUCCUGCAUCUGGAGAAAAUGCAGUCUGCACUGCAGGAUGUACCUCAGUGGCCUGUUACGAAGAGAUUGCUUCUGGUAGAUGGAGCUAUAAGGAAUGUAAUAGCACAGUAUUUAUACUUCACUGAAGAAGUCAUAGAAGAAAUUAAAAUGCUUGAUUUCUCAGCUUCUUCAAACCAGUCUCUAAUUGAAAAUGUCUUGAAUAAUACAAUUACAUGGAUGAAAAAUUUUGCUGAGGGGAAGGAAUCUGCCACCAAUUUCUCACUUGCAGUUUCUGAACUCCAUAAUGAACUACGAAAAAAUUUCCAGCCUCUUCAGAGAUUCUGGAUGAAAGAGGAGACAGAGAUUUUCUGGCAUAUAGUGAAAAUUGUAUUCUAUAAACUUGAUUCUAGGCUCUCUCAUUUGAGUCAAGUGGAAGAGGAGGAGGCAUUGGAGACCUUAUUUAGAAUUAUAUUUUCCACUGCAGAAAAUAAAAUCCAUAAUAGAAGUAUGCUAUUGCUCCGAAAUAUCCUGACUGAAUGGCCAGAGUUAAAUAUUGCUGCUUUGAACCAUCUAAAACACUUAAGUGAAAGCUUCCUAAGGAAUCUCUAUGAGGUCAGAUCGUUGACUGAUGAUCAUGUCAAUGUAUCUUUCAGCACAAUUCAUGGAGUGAGUAAUGCCUCCUCUUUAUUACUCUCAAAUGCGACUUUUAUAUAUAAAGUACAAGAAUUAGGAGAAAUUGUGCACGAUUUCUUCAAAAACAUCCAAAAAUUAAACAGUACUAGUGUGGCCUCAUUUCUUCCAAUACUUUUCUCUCUGUAUCAGAAUGAUAAUCUGGUCUUAAAUAUUGAGAGCAACAGCACUCUGUUAACAUUUCUUUAUGAGACUUCAAAAGAUAUUUCAUCUUUUCAAGUAUGGCAUGACUUCCAAGAUAGGGAUCAAGUUUUUGAUUUUUUGUCUGAAACAUUUGAUCUUCUCUGGAACUUCACCAGCAAGUCUCUCUGUGAAAAGUUACUAAUAAUUUACAACUACACAGAGUUUCAGGCCCAGUCUCUUGCACAGAAAGGAAAAAAAGAGAUGCAAGUUGUCUAUAGCAUUCUGAGCAGUCUUAAAACUUUGGUUAUAGAUGAAGAGCUCCAAACAGCUGCCUUCUGUUAUUUGGAACAGAUUCUUGGUAUCUCCCCAGAAUGCCUGGUAAAUAAUGGGUGCAUUGAUUUUUAUCUAUCAAACAGUACUUCUGUAGAUCAUUCAGCAGAGGUUUAUAACUUACUUCUGCUUCCAUUGGACAGUGUUCUGUCUAAUAUAACAAACUUGGGAGAUAAGGUCAGUGUGCCUUCUGCUUUGCACUGCACUUUUACAUGGCUUCAAACCUGGACAGAGGUUUUUGAAGAAGCAUCCAAAAUCUUAAAUUUGAAUUCAACCUUUUUUGUCUGUCUAAGAAAUGAUUUGGCAAAUCUCUCUGAAAGUCUUUUAAACGCAACUCAUGAUGAACUGUGCAAUAAUACAGCUAUGGUUAUUGCUGAAGCUACAACAGAAGCAAUGAAUCUAUUAAAAAUCAUAUUUGAAGGAGCUGGUGAUUUAAAUGACUGGAAAGAUUUUGAAGCUUUCCUUGCUAAUCUUCAAAGUGUAUUUAACAAUGCAGUUGAUGUCACAAGCUCGCUUAAAGGUAACAGUUUAGAAAGUGUUUUAGAAAUUAUGGGAGUCAUGAUAACUGAAUUGCAGAAAUCUAUACUGAAAGUUGUUAAUGGAGAGCUUUUGAAUUCUUGGCUUGAUACUUUCAUCUCAGGAGGAUCCGAGGGAGAAGACAGGGGUGCUGGUGUAUUUUCUAUUGGAAAUUCCCUUUCUACUAUUCUCAAGCUCUCCCAAAAGGAACUUGGAAUUAUUCUUGCUGAGAUAAAAGACACAAGUGCUUUCUUUAAAAGUGUGCCUCAAGGAAAAUAUAUGCUUUCAUCAGUUGAACUUUUGGCAGAAAUUCAAACUCUUCUGAAAAAUAAAACUUUUGAAAUCCAAGAAAACAACUCCUCUCAUUUGGAUGUUGAGAUCGAACCUCUCUUGCAUGAGAAAAAUACCAGUUUGUUGAUGGAGUUUUUUCAAGAUGUGAUUAGUAAACUUGACUCAAACUUGCAGGGUGAACACAAAACCUUUCUCCAGAAACUGAUAGAAACAGCAGCUCUGAAUAUUGAACUGGUAAGGAAGGCAUUUAAAAUUUUCAAGUCUUCUAGUUUUACUGGCUUUCCGUUACGAGAUGAUAAAGAGUUUCUAAAGCAUAUGGUAACCUUGGUGCAAAAUACGAGGAACAUGGAUGUUGAGUUCUUGAUAAGUCAAUUCAAACAAGUCCAGAGGAGCCUAGAUAAUUUCUUUAAAAAUAUCAAACCUUUGUAUAUUGAGAACUCUGAGUUAGGAAUGUUAACAGACUGGUGGGAUGCAUUUGAGAAUAAUUCGUGUAAUUGGAACCUGACUGGCUUAUGGCAAAUAACACGACUCUUUGAACAAGAUGAGCUCUACGAUGUAGAAGAGAUGUUCCAUUUCCUCCUCAAUGUCAUCAGCCUUACAGAAAGAUUAGCUCAUGGAAACAUCACGGAAGCACUAACUGAAGUAUACGCUUUCAUAUUGACUCAGGAAGCAAAAAUGCCAAUGUUUACUGCAAAGGAGUUCUCUAAUCAAGUAGAAAGUCUUCUAAUGUUACUGGAGACACUGACAGAUACGUCUAAUGAACCUGCAGAGGCCUCAGUUUGUUUUUCUGCAGCGUUCUGCUGGACUCUCACAACAGCAACACCUCAGAGUGAUCCCACCUUUAAAGCUUGUGAGUUUGUGCAUAGCAAUUCUACUCUUAGUUAUAAUGCAGUCAUCCAAGUUGUUAAGGAGCUGAAACUCAUCACUCUAGAGGACAGUUCCUCAUGCACUAUGGAAGACUUUCAGAUGGAUAUCGCUCGCAAUCUGACUUGCUUUUUUCAUCAGAUCAAAGAAUGGAACUCUAUUCUUUUGAAGUUUUCUGAGCUCCAUCAUGUAAAUGGCUCAGUUCUCAAAAAGCUGCUAGAUUUUUGGAAUGAGCUAUCCCUUUACACUGUGCCACUGCAGGUGAAUAAUACAUACUCAAUCAAUUGUUCCUCCACACCGAAGAGACAAGUGGCUUUACAAAUUGUAGAAGCACUGGGCAGUAUGCCAGUGGCAGAAAUGGAGAUGGCCAAAGGUGUUCUUGAACAGCUGGAUGAUCUUUAUGGUGGUCUAAGUUGGAACAGACAUUCAAGAACAUCACUUAUAAAGACCGUUCUUACUAACGUUAAGAAUAUGACCAGUGAUGUUUCUAGACUCCUGGAUACAGAAGCUGUCCUUUCUUUUCUUUCUGUAAUUCAACCUUUAAUGACACUGUCUUCUGUUGGAAACCAGACAUACUCAAUGCUUAUGAUAUUAUCAGCUUUAAAUGGAAACAGUAAUAUCUCUGAUAACUUUGAGAACUUCUGGUUUCCUAUAGUUACAAGCAUAGAAGAUUUAUUUGUGAAUUUUAAUGUUAGACGCUUACUUGCAGUGAUAGACCAAGAGUUUCAAUUACUGAGGUUAGCCACUGGACAGUCCUCUUCAAUGGCUUUUGAUGCUUUAAUACAGCAGUUUAAUACAUCAUCUGUAGAUGCUAUGUUAAGAAAUUUUGAAGACAUACAAGAGAUUGUGAACAGCUUUCUAUGCGAGUGUAACAAUAAAAAUUAUCCUAAAAUAACGCAUGCUCUAAUUCUCCUUAUGGCUAAUGAAAAUUCAUCAAGUGACCUACUGCUGGUUGUCAAAGACAUUAUUGACUUUCUGGAACUAUUCCAAAAUAAGUCUAAGGAAGAUUACACUGGUAUGUUGUUUGUUGAUGGUCGUCUUAGCAGAGAAAAAUUGAAUACUCAUACUGCUAAUUCAGUUUUGCUAAACAGUCUCCUUCAUAUAAUUGCUGAUCUUGCUGUUAUGGAAGAAACUUUGCAUACAAACAAUAUUGAUGUUCAGAUAGUUGACUUCAUUGAUUCAUUUUUUGAUAAUGCACAAUAUAGAGAAGUUUCUACUCAGUCCCAAAACAGAACUCUGGAGAUCAUGCAAGAGAUCUUGCAAAUGAUAUUUCAGUCUACCACAGAACAUGACAGGAACAAAAUAACCUUCUUACUAAAGGAUUUGUAUAAGGAUAUAAUGGCAGAAAUGAGAGCAUCUAAAAUCUGCAAGAUUCUUCAGAAACAUUUAUACCCUGCUAGCGUCCUACUGUUGCAGAAGUUGCAGUUUACCAUUUUGAAUGUUCUUAAAACCUUUUCAGAAGAACCAGUUGUCAUUGGCAACAUUUUCUGUGUUGUUACAAAGUGUGAAGAUGGAUUAACAAGUCACUUAAUCCUCUCUGUCAUUGAAGGAGUCACCCUGGUUCGAGAUCGUUAUCAGGAUAUUGAAAGAAUGUGGCCUGCUUUCAACAAGGGGGAUUGUGAGCGUAUGGCAUAUAUAAACCAAAAACUUUCCAACACUUGGGAGAGCUUCCUGAGAGCCUUGCAGAAUACCAGCAAUGGCAGCUGUGAAUGUCAACUAAUGUUGGGGAACAUACAGAGACGACUGCAAAUGGUGGCUGAAAAUUUGGAGCUACAGUUGUCAGAAAAUCCAGUGGCAGCUUUUCUCAGCAAUUUUAAUCUUUUGAAUGAUAUGAAGGUCAAAAAGUGUGUGCACAAUCUUACUCAGUUGAGACUGGAUAUUGGUUCUUCUGUCAAUAUUUCUGAAGAAACUAUCAGUACCAUCUUGGAAGCCAGUAUCUCUCAUUCAAAGGUUUUUUACAGUGCCUUUGUGGUAGCUUUAGCUGGAAGAUGUGAUGAAGAAGUACUUAGCCUGCUGCUAAAGCUACCUGAAAACAGUAAAACUUCCCUGGCAGUGGAAGAAUUAUGUUCUUUACCAGCACUGGACUUGUAUACCGUGUUUGUACUGAUUAUACAGAAUUUGAACUUACGUCAUGUCAUUUACAAGAUUAAGAUACCAUCUGAGAUAGGCAAUGUACUAAACAUGCUACUGGAUGUGGUUUCUAGUAUCAACUCUCUUCUCAAUAAAGCCCAUCAUGUCAUGGAAAACCUUCCAGUGUUCCUCCAAGGAAUUCAAAAUACUGGUGUGCUUGACAUCUCUGCAUUGCAGCAGUUCUUGCAAGGUGGGCAGUUCAGAAGUUCAGCUGUUGGAUCCCUGGAGUCCUUAAUCAAGGCAGUGUGUAAAGAAGAAUCUUCAUUUUUCAGCAGUGCAAACCUGUUCAUCGACAUGCCCAGAAUCAUGGGACUUUUGGAGGAUAAGUCGGAUGUAUUUUGUGUACCAGACAGUUCUCCAUUUUGCCUGAAACUUUAUCAGGAGAUUUUGCAGUCUUCUAAUGGGGCUUUGCUAUGGACUUUCCUGAAACCUUUAUUACAUGGGAAGAUACUGUACAAUUCAAAUAUCAACAUGAUUGACCUGGUAAUGGAGAAGGCUAAUUUCACUUUUGGUUUUGUGGAAAACUUGAAGACUUAUUCUGAGUCAUGGCUUAGGAUGUCUGAGGUUUUUAAAACCAGUGGAAAUGUCCUCACGGUCUCAAGACUGCAGGAAGCACUGCAAAGCAAUUUCAUAAAGCACUUUAUAGAAAGUAAUUUGGAUAUUGACAUGGAAAAACUCUUUAAAAAAAUGCAAGUAUAUGAAACUAUGAUGAACAAGAUGCUUAACAGCUCAGCAAGUAAACAGAUUGACCUGUUGCCACAGCUUGUAGUAAAUAUCUCUUCCUGUGUGUUACUGGACCGUUUCCAGCCUUUUGACUCUGUUGAGAAAUUGGAGGAGAAGGCUCAUGAACUCAUGCAGCAAAAUAAUUUUUUGGCUAGUAUCAUCUUCAAUACACCAAAGAACAAGACACAAGACUCUAGCAAUCUCCUUCCACGACACAUUUCAUAUACAAUUAGAACCAGUGUUCUCUAUAGCAUGAGAACGGAUUUGAUUAAAAACCCAGCGUGGAAAUCCCAUCCCCAGAAGUUGCCAGCUCAUGGGUUUAAAUACAACCACAUCUUUAUUCCUCUUCAAGACAUGAUUGAAAGGGCAAUUAUUUCAGCACAGACUGGGACAGAUACCUCAGACCCAGCCAUUCAGGUGCAAGCCAUGCCUUACCCUUGUCACACCAGUGAUCUAUUCUUGAACAACAUAGGGUUUUUUUUCCCACUUAUGAUGAUGUUAACAUGGACGGUUUCUGUUGCUGGCAUGGUUCGCAAGAUGGUUUAUGAAAGAGAAAUUCAUCUUGAAGAGUAUAUGAAGACAAUGGGUGUACAUCCAGCCAUUCAUUUCUUUGCUUGGUUUCUGGAGAAUGUCAUAGUGCUCACAAUAAGCAGCUGUGCUCUGACCAUCAUUUUAAAAGCAAGUGGUAUCUUUGCUUAUAGCAAUGGCUUCCUAAUCUUCCUUUUUCUCCUGGAUUUUGGAGUUACAGUUAUUAUGUUAAGCUAUUUUUUGGGAGCAUUUUUUAGCAGUGCCAAUACAGCAGCUCUGUGUGCCAGCCUUGUGUAUAUGAUCAGUUUUUUACCCUACAUAGUUUUGUUGGUCUUGCAGAACCAGUUGAGUUUCACCAACCAGACUAUAAUGUGUCUUCUGUCUACAACUGCCUUUGGGCAAGGAGUAUUUUUCAUUACAUUCUUUGAGGGCCAAGAAAUAGGAAUUCAGUGGAAUAAUGUGCACCAGUCGAUGGCACAAGGAGGAUACAUGACCUUUGGGUGGAUGUGCUGGAUGAUGUUCUUUGAUUCCAUUUUAUAUUUGAUAGGUGGCUGGUAUUUCAGCAAUAUUAUUCCUGGAAAAUUUGGAUUAAAGAACCGAUGGUACUUUCCUUUUACUGCUUCCUACUGGAAGAACCUGUGGGGUACAGAGAGGAGGAAGAGACAUUACCUGAAUUCUAAUAUGUUUUUCUUCAAUGAAAACUUCCAAGAAAAAGACACAGCACCUCCAAGUUGGAAAGGCCCUUGCAUCGAAGGAGCCACCAUUGGUGUCGUGCUGCUGUCUCUCACCAAAGAGCACGUGGAUGGCCAGAAGGCUGCUGUUAAAGACCUCAGCCUCACUUUCCAUAGAGGUCAGAUAACAGCGCUCCUGGGACCUAAUGGAGCUGGCAAGACAACAGUCAUAUCACUGUUGACUGGUCUGUAUCCACCGAGCUCUGGUACCAUUAUUAUUAAUGGAAAGGACAUACGUUCUGAUCUGGCUGCCAUCAGGACAGAGCUGGGUGUUUGCCCACAGUAUGACGUCCUGUUCAACGUACUAACGGUGCGAGAACAUCUACUGCUUUAUGGAUCAGUGAAAGCACCUGGCUGGACAAAGGAACGGUUGAAUCAGCAAGUCAGUGGAGCUCUGGAAGAUGUGGAUUUAUCCCAACAUCAGUACAAACCUGUUGGAGCCCUUUCUGGGGGAAUGAAAAGGAGGCUGUCAAUUGCCAUCUCCUUUAUUGGAAACUCAAAGACAGUUGUUCUAGAUGAGCCCACCAGUGGAGUAGAUCCAUGUUCUCGCCGUAGCAUCUGGGAUGUUCUUCUGAAGUACAAAUCCGGUUGCACACUGAUCUUUACCACUCACCAUCUUGAUGAGGCAGAGGUGCUCAGCGAUCGCAUUGCCAUCCUGCAACGUGGCCAGCUGAGGUGCUGUGGUUCUCCCUCUUAUCUGAGAGAAACAUAUGGCCAGGGACACAGUCUAACACUCGUAAAAAAGCCAUCAUUGUUUGAAAUCCAGGAUCCAAAGCAUAUUGUUCAGGUCACAUCUUUGGUACAGACCCACAUCCCAGAAGCCUUCUUGAAAGAGAACAGUGGGACUGAGCUGACCUAUGUGAUUCCAGAAAGGGCAGAUAAGACCUCUUUUAAAGGUCUUUUUCAGGCUUUAGAUCAAAGCCUUCAUAAUUUACAUGUGACUGGCUAUGGCAUUUCUGACACCACCUUGGAAGAGGUAUUUCUGAAGCUACUACAGGACUCAGAGAAGAUGCCUUAUGUUCCACAGGCAGCACACCUGGACUGUACAAAUGGUGCUGAAUCAGCCUAUAUCUCACUUACGGGGGCCUCAAGUGUGUGUGGAGCCCGUCUUGUUCUUGCACAGAUUGUUGCCCUUCUGAUGAAGAGGUUUCUCCACACUAAGCGAGACUGGAGAGGAAGUCUGUCAAAUGUGCUGCUGCCUGUCCUCUUUGUUGCACUGGCAAUGGCCUUGUUUAGUGUGAAGCCGCUGGCUAUUGAUUAUCCUUCUCUCAAGCUGACACCAAGACUUUAUGACAAUGCAGAAUCCUUCUUUAGCACUGAAGAUGAUAACCUAGGAAACCUUUCUCAGAUUCUACUGAGAUAUUUCUUUGAUUGGGACCACACAUGCAUGCAUUCAAAACAAGGAAAAAAUAAUUCCUGUUGGCAGAUGGAAUCUACGUCACCCAAGGAUUCAUGUGGAUGUGUGGCUGAACAAGAGAUGUGUCCAAGUUUCAAUACCUCUGCUCCCUAUGUGAAGAAUAAGAAAGGACAGAUUUUGUAUAAUCUUUCAGGGUUCCUUGUGGAAGAAUAUUUAGUGAGGCCUUCCAACAAAACAAGAUAUGGUGGUUGGUCUUUUGGAGAGAGGAAAACAUUUGUACUUCAAGAUAAAAAAUUGAAUAACACCAAAUCUAAGCCUCUGGCUAAGGUGUGGUACAACCAAAAAGGUUUCCAUUCGCUGCCAUCCUACUUAAAUGAACUCAAUAACUUCAUUCUGUGGCUGAAUUUGCCUCCUAAUGUGGAUUGGAGACAGUAUGGGAUCACACUCUACAGCCAACCAUAUGGAGGAGCCUUGCUGGAUGAGGACAAAAUAAUGGAGAACGUUCGUCAGUGUGGAGUAGCACUGUGUAUCAUGCUGGGUUUCUCUAUCCUUACUGCCUCCAUUGGAAGUGCCGUAGUGAAAGACAGAGUAUCUGGCACAAAACGCUUGCAGCACAUCGCAGGCCUGGGUUACAAAACUUACUGGCUUGCUAACUUCUGCUGUGAUAUGCUGGUUUACAUGAUUCCAGUCACCCUGUGUGUUGGUGUUAUUAGUGCCUUCCAGCUAUCAGCCUUCACUUUCCGAAAGAACUUGGCAGCCACUGUUCUCCUGCUGAUACUCUUUGGAUAUGCAACUUUACCAUGGAUGUAUCUUGUAUCCAGAUUCUUCUCAAGUUCAGAUGUAGCUUUUAUUUCUUACAUCUCCUUAAAUUUUGUGUUUGGCCUGUGUGCCAUGCUGGUGACUCUCUUACCUCGUUUGUUAGCUAUAAUUUCCAAAGUGCAGAGUUUUCAGAACAUCUACAAUAUCCUCAAAUGGGCGUUCAUCGUAUUCCCACAAUUCUGCUUAGGCCAGGGUUUAAUAGAACUUUCAUACAAUCAGAUCAAGUUUGACCUGACCAGCAACUUUGGAAUAGACUCAUAUGUGAGCCCCUUUGAGAUGAAUUUCCUGGGCUGGAUUUUUGUGGAAAUGGCCCUGCAGGGAACGCUACUUCUUCUUUUACGGCUUUUUCUUCAUUGGGAUCUCCUCCAGAAACCAAGGGGUCAAUGUUCAAUUAACAGCAUGGUCAGCCCUUCAGAAGAUGUUGAUGUAGAAAUGGAGCGACAGCGACUCUUUGGUGGAAGAACUGGUAAUGAUGUCCUCCUUCUGUACAACCUCAGGAAGUGUUAUGGAGGUUUCAGUAAGAUCACAGCUGUGGAAAGCAUAAGCUUGGGAAUACCGAGGGGAGAGUGUUUUGGACUCCUGGGAACAAAUGGAGCUGGGAAAAGCACAACGUUUAAGAUGCUGACUGGAGAUGUCAUCCCAUCUGCAGGGCGUGCUGUUAUCAGGACUCCUACAGGGUCUGAAAUGGAUAUACUGUCUGCUAGCACUAAAGGCAUUCUCAUCGGCUAUUGUCCACAGCAAGAUGCCCUGGAUGAACUUUUAACGGGUUGGGAGCAUCUGUAUUAUUACUGCACACUGCGUGGAAUUCCAAAACAGGAUAUCCGUAAGGUUGCAGAGGACCUUGUUAACCGGUUACACUUCAAAGCCCAUGCUGACAAACUGGUGAGAACAUACAGUGCUGGCACAAAGAGGAAGCUCUCUACUGCCGUGGCUUUAGUUGGUAAACCCCAAAUACUUUUACUGGAUGAGCCCAGCUCUGGGAUGGAUCCCUGCUCUAAACGCUACCUUUGGAAAACCAUCCUGAAGGAAGUUCAGGAUGGCUGUGCAGCUGUGCUGACAUCCCACAGUAUGGAAGAAUGCGAGGCCCUCUGCACACGACUUGCUAUUAUGGUCAAUGGAAGUUUCAAGUGUCUUGGUUCUCCCCAGCACAUUAAAAACAGGUUUGGAGAUGGCUAUUCUGUCAAGGUUUGGCUUAGUAAAGAAAUAAACUAUCAAAGAAUAAUUUUGGACCGUCUACAACUGCAUUUUCCUGGAACACAGUUUAAGGGACAGCAUCUUAACCUGCUCGAGUACCAUGUACCACGAAGUCAGGGAUGCUUAGCAGAGCUCUUCAGAGUCCUAGAGAAUCACAAAGCUUUUCUCCAAAUCAAACACUACUCCAUUAGCCAAACCACAUUAGAGCAGGUAUUCAUUAAUUUUGCUACACAACAGCAAGGCGUCUCGCAUUCUUCACAAGAAUCUCCUGUUGUUCAUCAUGACCACCUGCCACGCUAGGCUCAGAAUAGGAUACAGCUUCAGCAGCAUAUAUGUGUGUGUAUGUUUGUGUAUAUAUACGUGCAUUUUACAUGCAACAACUUUUCAGCUGUUAACAAUUUGUGUGUGAGAAACAAAUAGUAGAAGCAGAGGUGAGUUUGCAUUUGUAGGCCUGAAGGAAUGCUACCAGUUCUCAAUAAAACAAGAAACUGGUUACAUGCAGACCAAAAAUCUGCCAAAAAGUAAUGCUUUAUAAUCAACUGGAAUUUUAUAAUAUAAAUGGCCUAAUUAAU